UUCGGCCAUGGCCUCUCUUGCCUUGGCCACGCCGAUUCCUGAUGCCACUCAGCCUGCGGCCCAGCCAAGCACGGAUGUCACCGCCACCCCUUCCAUCCAGUUCUACCCGCCUCGGCCCAACAAGAACACCACCGUCGUGGACCGUCGUGACACGGAAUCAGCGGCGGCCGGGCUAGUCAAGCGAGACAACUGCUAUCACGACAGCUUCAGCCGGGCUAGCGCAUGGACCCUUGCGAGUAAUCUUCAGAACCAGUGGCCGGACAGCGAAGUCAAUCUGCCCAGGAAUACUCACGUUUCAUGGGUCGAGGGCAACGUGCGCGUGUGCGUUGCCAAUAUGUAUGUCUUUGUUGAUUCAAAGGUGAAGAGAUGGGAGGUCGGUUGGGCGAUGAACUAUAUCGACAGCACAUGCUGCGCUGAUGGUAGCUGCAACGAUAACUAUGCGGGAGGCGAAGCGACUGCUCACGCCCCAGAUGGCCUCAAUCUCUUGGUGAGAGUCGUGAACGCUGGAUGGGAAGACUGCAGGCUUUAAGUGGACUUCUGACCAUGUGCUGUUCAAGACGAAAGGGGUGCCUAGAACACAUAACUGCAGUUAGG